UGUAUGAAAUAUACACUUGUCGGGAUUCUCAAUACACUAUCACCAUUCAAUAUGACCUAUUCCAUCUCUACUGUUCUUAUCACCUACUAUCACUACUUCGGAGCAAUGUCCGGCCGCCCCCAAAACGGACAGGUCAUUCUGCCGGGUCCCUCCGCCUGGAAAGCGGAGAAUCUGCUUGACUCCAGUGCGCCGCGACCAGCUUCCCAGCUCACUAAUAGCCACCGAGCACGGCAUUGCUCCUGUCUAGUCCCUCUCCAGCUUCCAUUGACUUCCCCAGUGUCUAGUCCACGCUUUCCAGCGGGCCCUUGACACCAUGGCACCCCCGCGCCAGCGCACCGCCGCGAUCGUUGACGACUCGAGGUCCGAAGCCUCCAGCGGCACGCGAGAGUUCAAGACCACCGCGCCAAAGAGUCGAAAGACUGCCACCGCAACCAAGGACAAGGUCUCCGUGACGAGCGCUCCUAUAACCAUCGAACAACCCAUCAAUGAACAGCCCAGGGUCCCCUGGCCCGAUCUCCCCCUCGACAUCCUCCACGCCUACCGCCACGUCCACAAACUCCCCACCCCCUCCGCUUUCUCAACAGACUACUCCCGCCUCAUCCUCUCCCAAGGCGUCGGUCUCCGAUCCCCAACAGCCCUCGCCGCUCGUCGCGCCCAAUCCACCCGCUCAUCUACCCGCGAGCGUAACGGUAACGCCGCACAAGACGCCGAGUCCCCCUCCUCCUCGUCCCUGCACCGCAUCGUCGGCCAAGACCGCGUGAGCAAAGACCAGUUCGCGCUGGUCGUCCGCAAACACUUUAACAGCGCUGGCUUGUCUGAACAAGAAACAAUUGCGCGGUUCUUGUAUACUGUUCGCGAGGAGCGGAGGGGUCGUCAGUUUAGACUGCGGUUCCAGCCUUAGCGGGCUGGGAGAUGCUUGCUUGAUUUUGUUGCGCGAUGUGUGGCUGCUUGGUGGUUGAGAUUUGCUUGAGUGGCAUUCGCGCUGGGUCUACGUUCAUGUGACAUCUUUUUAUGAUACCCAUUGGCGUUUUGGGAUUGGGGUUUUUCUUAUUUCUUAUUGCGCUGGAUUGAGGUGCAAGCGUUUCUGUACAGAGUCUUUCUAGAUGCCUCCCACCUUCCAUUGUAUAGCUAGUUUUAUGGUUGUAUCGCUUACUGGGAUAUAUUAUGGAGAUGCCCGGAUAUCUCUUUAUCAUUCGCG